AUGGCGUCGCAUUUGGCUUACAAUUAUGAAGAACGUGGACAUCGUAUUACCUCAAGACACCGAGUUAUUCCUGGUUCACACAAGCCUGCUGAUUCCAUUUGUGCAAAUACAAGAUACUACGCAGGAAAUGGAGGUGGAGGAGGAAGUGACAUAAGUGAAGAAGAUCUUACAGAUUUGCCAUCUUGUGCCUAUGCAGGCCGAUCUACGCAACAUGUGGCGGCUCAUACUUCACCCCAUAGCCAUACACACUUGCCCUUACAAUAUAACAUGCCACUGUCAACACAAGAUCAUAAUGACAAUGACUUGAAUGGAUUUGAAGAAGGUUACUAUCCCAAUGGUAGUCCAUAUAGAAUUCAAAGAAACGCUGCAAAUAUCAGGGAACGUCGACGGAUGCUAAGCAGCAUAAACUCGGCUUUCGAUGCACUGAGGGGCCACGUGCCGACGUUUCCCUACGAAAAAAGGUUGUCAAAAAUCGACACCUUGCGAUUGGCAAUAGCGUACAUUGCACUGCUGACAGAAGUUUUGAAAGUCAAAAAUGUUGAUCCUUUGACGUACAUCGAAAUGUGUCUCAGAGGUGAAAUGAGUGGUGAACGCGCUGAAUGGAACACAAGUGAUCUCAUGGCUCGUUUAGCUUGGAUAAAUUGGGAAAAUCUCGGCGUUAAUCCAAACCGACGUUCGUCUCUUACCACGCUUACUUUCACUACUGACAAUUUGAAUUGA